AUUAUUUUAUAUGCAUUAGCAAAACAAAGUUUCUCCAUUAUUUCUACAUGUCUUUUACUUAACAUCGUUUAUGCUGUCAGUGUUUCUCAUGUUGUGAGCGGUUGUGUUUAAAGGUACACCAACCCCCCACCCAAUACUCUGACAACUAAGAGCUUUAGAGCACCAUAAAAUGCUGACAAUGUCUAUGACCAUGAACAGAGUCAUGGUGAAAGCAUUUGUGUUUAGAUAUGACAUCCAUUUAUUUUAUUUCUUUACUAUUAUUAUUAUUUCUGUACUUUUUACAGUCCAUUGUAGAUCCUGGGAGGCAGAGCUCCAUGAGUGUGUGUGAGUUGUUUGAAUAUAUACCAUAAGAUUAUUAGAUGUAGCAGUGAUGAGCAGAGCCAUGUGGUGAAACUCGUGGGGUAACUUGCAGCUUUUUUACUGUUUAUAGUAAAACGUGAAAUGGCGUAGCUUGCGUUCCGAACUUUACCUUGUCAAUCAGUUGUUUUACGACUACGGACAAAUCUUUUGUAGAUUUUAUUUUGUAAUCCCACCUCGUACAUGGAGCUCUGCGUCAGAUCGGAUUCGUACACUGGUGUCGUUACUGGAUGAUAUGUGGAGAAGCGACGCAUCUCCUGCUUGCUCUUUCACUCCGUAAUCAAAUAGAACAAGUCCAAUUUCUGCUUCUGCACCUGAGCUCCGGAUUUAUUGCCACGACAAUCACGUGGGUGUCCGCUCUGCAGUCUUCACUGCUUUCCUUCACAGACAGAAACACUAAACAUAAACACAAAAUUUCUCACAAAUAUCCAAAAUCAGAGAUUUAUCGUCUGAUUUCGUCUGACAUGUUUUAAAGCACUUAUUUGGGCCAUCGCAUCUACAGUAGAGGGGAAGACGUCUGAUCUGAUACCAAUAACAAUUCUAAUAACCAUUUUAAUGCAGCAGUUUUUUAAUAGGAUUUCAGAUUACAGCUAAUCCCAAUCACAUUACGAUACACAGAAUAACACUGAAACCCGUUCUGAUCAACACACUCAAGAUCACUAGUAAUCUGGGAAUAAUUCUGAUAAUGAUUACCAAUAACAAUUACGAUUAUGGUAAUGAUUAUUCUUACAGGUCUGAUGAAGUGUAAGAUCAAAAUGAUGAUAAUUGUUAUAACGGUAAUAAUUAAAACUCAAAGUCUAAGAAAAAGAUCACAAUUAUAUUGUAUAGUUGAUCAUCAGCACAUUCCUAAGCAAAAAAUUAUUUGAAAAUAGGUAUUUUUAUUUGGUGCAGGCCUGGAUGUGUGUGCGCGUGUGCGUGUGUGCGUUCGUGUGCGUUUGUGUGUCCUUUCGCAGAUAUCCAGAUGUGAAUCAUGUGCAGACUGGAACCAAUUUCAUUCCUCAUCAGUUUCUCAUAGAAGUACGACAGUGAAAGCAUGUUCAUACCGAUGCCUGAGCAGAACCAGGACUUUGUGCCAGUGAACCAGUUUCCAAGCCCCAAACAGACUGCAGCUCAAUGGAAGAGAGAAACUCUUCCUCAUCCAGACUCCCAUCGACUGCCACACUGGCAGUCUUACCCGGUUCCUGGCAUCAGUGAUGAGGACUUCAACAUUCCUCCCAUCACCCCUCCCUCUCUCACCCACCUGGUGGACCAGGAGUCCGGACCGUACCACCCGCUGUGCUCCCCUUCCCCUCACACGCUGCACCCAUUCAGCAUGCAGGGAAUGGAUCUGCCCAACAUGACUGCCCCUGGACAGGACACCAGCCUUCUCGGAAACUCCUCUCUCUCAGUGAUGCAGCAGAUGGUGAACUCAGAUUCGCGAUACGGCGGCCGUCCUCACGGGGACGCUCUCAGACCCAGAUUGAUGUCAGGAAUGGUUCCUCAGGGUCAGCUGACCCCUGGCAACCAAUCACAACUCGGCACUCAGCCGGCCAUGAGUGGGAACGGUGGGAAUAACGGGAACAGCGGUGCUCGCGGAUCACCUUCUCCUCCAGAAAGCAAGUCAGCCACGCCCUCUCCUUCCAGCUCUGUCCACGAGGAUGACGCAGAUGAGGCUGUGAAGAGUGGAGCAGAGAAAAGAGCAGCUACAGAUGUGGCAAAAAAACCCAAAACUCCCAAGAAGAAAAAGAAGAAAGACCCGAAUGAGCCUCAGAAACCUGUCUCAGCAUACGCUCUGUUCUUCAGAGACACACAGGCUGCCAUCAAGGGCCAGAACCCCAACGCCACCUUUGGAGAAGUGUCCAAGAUCGUGGCCUCCAUGUGGGAUGGCCUGGGGGAGGAGCAGAAACAGUUGUAUAAGAAGAAGACUGAGACUGCAAAGAAGGAGUAUCUGAAACAGCUGGCCGCAUACAGAGCCACGCUCGUCUCACAGAGUUACAGUGAGCCGGGUGAUGUCAAAGUGUCCCAGGCGUCCCAGAUGCUUGGCCCUAAACCCCCGUCAUUCCAGUCACAUCCUGGGCUCUACAUGGCUCCUCCUUACUCCCAGCAGCCCCAUCUGUCCUCCAUGCAGCACGGACUGGCCCGGGGAGGCACCUCUAGGCCCGGCUCUAACCUCACCAUGGGCAACAUGGCGGCCACGACGCCUCCUCCACUUCAGAUCAGCCCCCCGCUGCACCAACAUAUCAGCCUGCAGCAACAGAUGGGCAGCCAUAGCAUGCCCCUGCACUCUCCGUCUAUGGCCCAGGGGUUUCCACUUCAGGCUGAGUAUCAGAGUUUGAUCAGUGUGUCGGCUCCAUCCAUGGACUAUCGCACAGGCUGCAGAAGCGGACCGGCACAGGGGCUCGACUGGACCACUGACUACUGCACCAAUGGUGCUUUGCAGAGGGAUAAAGCUCUGUAUCUGACCUGAUGAAGACCUGAAUGAGAAAUCCUGCAGGAGCCAAGAGGCAGUUUACACUCCUCACAGUGACGGAUACACACCUUCUGUCCUGUCCACUCACACACAAACAUACACACACCUCACAAACACACACACCUCACACACACCUCACACAGAUGCACAGGUCUGUACGUGUGUGUGUGCACGAUUGUUGCUCUUUCCUCAUCACUCGCUCUGUAACAGAAGCGUGUAGUUCUGGGUUCUUUCGGGGUGAUAAGGAUGUAACCUGUAGGAUAAAGUCACGUUCAUUUCACUCGCAGGGCUUUAAAUACACACCCUGCUGCUGUCAGACCACGUUAAUGUAGACACGUGUCACUGUGAGUCUGUCAGCCGUAAAGCACUUACACACACAAGCAUCUCAUUAUUAUUAUUAUUAUUAUUAUUAUUAUUAUUAUUAGUAUUAUCAGGUGACUAUAAUGGUGGGUAAUAGAACAUCUUUUCUUUUCUUUUAAAAUCAAAUAAAAAAAGUCAUAAUCACAGACACCAGUCCAGGUACCAGGGUUUAUAAACUCAGACACCAAGGCUUCCUCCUUAUACCGUCUCAGGGUCAGAAAUUUUCCUUGUCACACUCUUUAGGGAUAAACGUAUAAAUUCCAACUUUUAUAACGUCUUUAUCUCUGUACAGCUGCUUUGGGACGAUGUCCAUUGUUAAAAUCGCUCUACAAAUACAAACUGAAUUGAAUUGAAUCUGCGAAUCCCGUAGCUCCGCUGAAAUGACCCCAUCUAGAAAUGUGUGGCUAAACAGUUAGAAAUCACACUACCUGACUACUUCUUCAGGCAUAUAAAAAACAAGUCAAUAUUAAUAAUAUCAAUAAUAAUAAUAAUAUUAAAGGCUUAUGUGAACAUACAUCGAGAGGAAAAUGAAACCAAAACUGCUAAAUGUUUUAUUAGAGAAUAUGUGAAUGACUUCUUUACCCCUCUCUCUCUCUCUCUCUCUCUCUCUCUCUCUCUCUCUCUCUCUCUCUCUCUCUCUCUCACACACUCACUCACUCACUCACUCACUUCCCUGCCUUUAGAACCCGAGCUCUGUUGUGAUGAUGGAGUGAUUGAGUUCAUGGUUAAUGGCUGUGAACAGUGUAGUGGCUUCUUUCAGCCCUGAUCUCCUGUAAUUCCUGCUGUAAAUAGAGUCUGUGUGAUUAUUUCCCCACCAAAUCCCUCCUUCUUUUAGUUCCAGAAACAAUUUAAACACAAAAACAAAGGGAUGAACUUCAAAGGUCCAGAGAUGCUAAGCAUUGUUGUUUUUUAAUUAUGAAGAUCUGUGUACAGUCUGAGGUGUCCUGCAUGGGGGCACUGAGAAGUUAACAGGUUCUACAUUUCUCACACGGUCCAAAGGAUUUUUUUGAGAACCCUGAAAAGAAAGUGUAACGAUCCAAAGGAACCCUUUUACUGUUUUAUUCUGCAGCUUCUCCGUUUCUACAAAAAAGAAGUGGUUAUUUAGUUGACUCUUAAUAGUUAAAGCCUCCAACAGAGUCCUUUUCUUUUAGAACUGCUUUUAGAAAGUAGCGAUGAGGAACCACUGAGGAAUCGUAGCGCUUUUUAUGGCGCUAAUGCAGGCUUGCUACAUGUUUAGAAGUUCUAGCACUGGAGUUAAAGGUUCUCCAGUUCUCUCUUUCUCAUGGGUAUUUAAAGUUUUUUAUGUAGAAGCUUUAAAAACAAAUCAAGAACGCUUGGAACCUUGAGGAACCCAAAUGAUAACUUGAUGGUUUUUUUUGUUCUGAUCCCUUUUUCUAAAGUGUAAGACAGACAGAAACCUUCUCAAGUAUGCUCAAUGAACUUUCUUAACCACCUCAGCUGGGCAAUUUCUACUAAAAUCAGAAAUAGAAAUAAUUGGUUACAUCUAGAACCCGUGUUUCUCUGGGAAACUCAAUGUUUUCUGGAGAACCCUGUAACUGGGUUCUCUCCUUUAGAGCUUCAUUAUAUAAAUCUGAGGGCAUUUAAUGAUCCAAAGAACCCUUGAGGAACUUUUUUUUACUUUUUAUGUUGACUUUCUCACACCCCCUGAAGGAUACCGCUAUAAAACGUGUUGCCAUGGUUACGCAUCGGUGGGAAAAAAACCCGACUUAAUCCAAUUUUCCCCCCAGAAAUAUGCUAGCCUUAAAUGUUGUUCUUUGCUUGUUGUCAUGGUAACAUUCUCUGCCUUCAAAAGGAACCCAGUAAAUCAAGUUUUUAGAAUGUUUGUAAAAAUACAAUCAACAAAAUCUGUUGCUAGGCAACUGUGUUGUAGAACUAGCCAAUCAGAAACAAGCGUUUCCCCAUAGCUGUGGUUUAAUACAUGGUGUAUAAUUUUUUACGAUUAUUUUUGAUUAUACCUUUUAUUUGGACUGAACUCGUUAUUGCUCACUAUUUUGACCUAAAGGGGCAAAAAUAAAAUGUAUUUAAUAAAAUAAUAAAAAUUCCUGGCCUCUCUGGACUUUUGUGCAUAAUUUAAAUUUUUAAAAUGAUUUUAUUGCCAUAUCUUUUUCUUGGAUUUUUUUAAUGAUGUUGUUGCCAUCAGCUGGUGAAAUUAUUGGGAAAUGAAAUACAUUUAUUUUUUAUUAGCUGUUUUUGUAUGCUGCGGUUCUGCUGUAGGAAAUGUGAAGGUUCUGAUGCUGAUUGGAGGCAGAUUGGUGUUGAACCUCGGCAUACGGCUGAUCAUCUCCUCCCCCUCCACAUCGUAUCUACAGCAGAACCUCCUUCUACGCCUCGCAUUUGCACCUAUUUAUGAGGAAAACUAAAUGAGCUGUAGGUGUUUUUAUGUUAGGUUGAGUUUUUUUGUUGUUUAUCUUCCACACAACAAUGUGAAUAAUUCUUUAUUUAGUUUUUAUUGUGUUUGAAGAAUAAAAUCUGCAGAUCUGCAUAUUUUGUGCAGCAGUUGA